AUUUGAUCACAGACCACAGACACAGAUGAGAAACAGACGUUUUAACAAAAAAUAAUAUUCGUCUCGUCUGUUUUAAUUUUCUUAAAAGAAGGAGCUGCGCCUAGCUUUUAGUGGAAAUUAUGGGCAGCACCUCUGAUGUCUCCUUGUUGAAUUUGUAUUAUUUUAAUUCCGCGUAUGGACCUAGAGAAGGAGAGGAAGAAAAGAAGGUGCUAUAUUACUACCCCAGUCAAACAGACGUUGAAACCAAAAUUAAAAAUGUAGGACUGACAGAAGCCAUCAUAAAAUUCACAGAUACUUUUAACCCUAGUAAACCAUGCGAGGCUCUUCACACGCAGAAGACAAGACAAAUUAUUCACCAAGCUGAGCCAGGUUUUUGGGCUGUCAUGACGUUGUUGGUGCCAACAAUAAACAAAUCAAAGGACGGUCAGGACUACACUGAGUAUCAAAACGAUGAUGUCAACGACUCGGUGUAUCUAGCCGUGCUCAAACAGUGCCACUUGAUGUUUCAACUCUUCAAUGGCAAUCUGACCUGUCUGGCGGACAACCCGACCCAGAUUAAAAACAUGCUUGAUCAAUUUUAUUCAAGAUUUAUCCCGACACUGAAACUUCAGCACUCUGACUUGCUGGACAUUUUUGCCGGCAUGCAGUUUCUUCCUUUAGACGCCAAUACCUUCCUGCAUGUGCAGUGUCUGGUCAACAAAGUGGAGGCCAGCUUCCCCACUGUCCACAGCAGUGCAAUUCUUUUUAAUGACCAACUUGUUUGGAGUGGAAUCGAUCCCUGUGAUAUGCAACUCAUCUUUCACUAUCUAGUCACCAACUUGCUUCCGAAUUUCCUUGAAACCGAAAUUGAGCCCAGUCGGCCCAGGGUGGUAGGCCGUUAUGUCACUGGUCCGGCUACCUCUGCAGUUAAAGAUGAAUUGUCCUGCAGCUCCAUUCCAAGGCUUUUCCUCAGCAGUGGCCAAAAUGUGUACCUUGUUGUUUAUAAGUCCAUGAACGCGACUUCCUGCUUACUUCUUGACAGCUAUAGCACGCCCACGCCUGAAUUUUUCCGCCGCCUCGAUGCAUUCCUUGGCUCCAGACUUGCUCAAAUAUCAGAAGAGUUGGCCGCGAGCUGCUCCAAAAGUUCCAUUCAGUCGCCUGGCAGCAGCUCUUUGGGCAGCAGUCUUUCUCCAGACUCGCCAAAGUUUAUUUACUACAACACGCUGAACAGAGCGACUAAAAGCACCAUCCACUUGGACGGAAGAAAGUGUGGUUUGGUGUCUGUGAGUCAGGAGCUGAUCAAGCUCCUUGGAGAUGUCCACAGUGAUAAGGAAAGAUUAAAAGCGUGCAGCGAGGUUAUUUUGAAGACCAAAAACGACAGCUGGGUGGCUGGAAAGUUCGCCAAUCUGCGCGAGUUCUAUGUCGUGCUGAACACCAAAAAUGCGAAUUUGAUUGAAAUCAGCGAUGAGGUUAAGCGAAUGUGUGAUUUGCAUCUGAAGAGCAUUUUCUUCACUGACUGACAUUUAAAUAGGCCCGUUCUGAUCGCUUUUACCAAAGGAGAGAAAUUCCUUGAGUAUUCAACUUGCAACACUCCUUUCUUUAAUCUUGUAAUUCUAUGAUGUGGCCUAAAUUAAAUGGAUAAAAAUAUCAUCUA